AUGAAGCCUUGCCCCCAUUUUCCGGAGUCAGAAACGAAGGCCGUUUCUCCUCUCUCGGAUCACUUCGACCCUCAGCCUGGAACGGGGCCCCCAGUAGCGGUCAAAGAUUGGGGUACAGAGUGCGCAGGCGCGCAGAGACUCCUCCCCUCCACUGGGUCUGCAGGAACGAUGCCUGGGGAGCGGCUACGGGGAACUUCGGGCGGUGCUGGUGGAACUCCUGGGCUCUGCACAGGAAAAAGGAGCCGGAACGUGAUGGAGGCCGCCUUUAGGCCCCUCCAGGAUGGAGCGUUCGGUUCUGGUUCUCCGGCGCGGAGACUGCCCGGAGGAGGGCCCGAAUUCCUUGAGGGGUGGAUGACAAGCCAGGGAGGGGCAGCCCUAACCCUAAGUCCCCCCCUAGAGACCCUCAUAGCAAAGCCUCCCGAGAAGCUCUGCCUUCUGGGACGCCCAGGACUGGGAGUGGGGAGCAUGGAGGAGUGUGGAGAGGGCGCCGAGCUGGAGCCCUGGAGGCCCCCCCAGGCCUAUGUGACGUUCAAGGAUGUGGCCGUGGACUUUACCUGGGAGGAGUGGAGGCUCUUGGACCCUCCCCAGAAGGAGCUGUACUGGGAGGUGAUGCUGGAGAACUACAGGAACCUGGUCUGCCUGGGCUUUACUGAUUCAAACAAGGAUGUGAGGAUCUGUGAGCUGGAGUCAGGGGAACCACAUUGGAUUCCAACUGGUGGUGUCCUAAGAAGCUGCUGGCCAGGUUGGGACAAGAUGUCUCAUACCAAGGAGUUGGCUCUCAAGAUGAAUAUUUCUGUGAAAGUCUUAUCCCAGGAAAAGUUCUUGGAGGAUGAUCCAAGUGUCUGUAAAAUGGAGAAAACCUGGGAGUGUGAUGGCAGGUUGAAGAAAAUGCUGCGUAUUCAGAGGAAACAUUCUAGAGGAAUAAAAAUAAUCCAAGCAGAACCUCCCAAUGAGGCCAGAGUCUCUGAAGAUAGUAAAUACAGUCAGACCUCUAGCCCAGAGCCUGACCUUUUUCCACAACAGGGAGCAUCUGUAGUUAUGCAGGGCCAGAAAGGAGAUAACCAGAGAGGGCGUUCCACCAUGUAUUUGAACCAAGGACAAUGUAAUCAAAUCCAUUCCAGGAAGAAAUGUCCUAAGGUUACAAAAUGUCAGAAAGUGCUGGGUCAUGAUUUGGGCUGCAUAAAAAAAUAUGGAAUUCAUUCUGAAGAGAUCAUUCAUGAAUUCCUUCAAAAUAAUGAACUUAGUCUACAUCAGACAACUGAUAGGGGAAAAAAGUGUAAUGACCUGUCUAAACGCAGGAAGACAAGUCGUGCUGAACAUUCUCAUCUUCAGAGUACAGAGAGUUGGUACAACUGCAGUGAAUGUGGAAAGGCCUUCCAGCAAAAGGGGGCUCUUGAAGCACAUUGCAGAAUUCAUACUGGAGAGAAACCUUUUAAAUGCAGUGAAUGUGGUAGGGCUUUCUGCCUAAAGACAGAUCUUAUCCGGCAUUUUAGGAUUCAUACUGGAGAGAAACCUUUUAAAUGCAGUGAUUGUGGGAAAGCCUUUUCUAGAAGCACAAGCCUAACUUUACAUCAGAGAUCUCAUACUGGAGAGAAACCAUAUGCAUGCAAUGAAUGUGGGAAGACUUUCCGUUCAAGCUCUCACCUUUCAGAACACAGGAGAACUCAUGAAGGAACAGGACUUCAUGAAUGCAACGUGUGUGGGAAAACAUUCUCUCGGAAGUAUGACCUUACUAAUCACAGUAGAAUUCAUACUAGAGAGAAACCCUAUGAAUGCAGUGAAUGUGGAAAGGCCUUCCGCCUGAAGUCAAGUCUUACAUUUCACUUCAGAAUUCAUACUGGAGAGAAACCUUUCGAAUGCAGUGACUGUGGGAAGGCUUUUUAUAGAAAGCAAGAUCUUAUCAACCAUAAUAGGAUUCAUACUGGAGAACAACCUUUUCAAUGCAACCUUUGUGGGAAAGGUUUUCUCUGGAGAAGGUCACUGACCGAACACCAGAGAAUUCAUACUGGAGAACAACCUUUUCAGUGCAAUGUCUGUGGGAAAGGUUUUCCCUGGAGAAGUUCACUGACCCUACAUCAGAGAAUUCAUACUGGAGAACAACCUUAUCAAUGCAAUGUCUGUGGGAAAGGCUUUCCCUGGAGAUAUUUACUGACCCUCCAUCAAAUAAUUCAUACUGGAGAGAAACCUUAUAAAUGUAAAUAUUGUGGGAAAGCCUUUCCCAGAAGCUCAGCAGUGAGUCGCCAUCAGAGGAUUCAUACUGAAUCCUAUGAGUGCAAUGAAAGUGGAAAGACUUCCUUCCAAAAUAAAAAGCUUUCAUUGUGUGAAAAAAAGAUUUAUACAAAAAAAAAAAUCUUAGGUACAUAAUUAAUGUGGAAUGGCAUUGCUCUGGAUCACAUCUGCUUCUUCAACAUGAAAGAAUUCUUCAAGAAGAGAAUCCCAUUAAUAUAAUCAUUGAAGCAAUACUUUUCUCUGGAAGGGACUCCUGGAUAAAUUUCCUUCAUAUUGGAAAGGAACCAUAGAAAUGUGGUGUCUCUGAAAGCUCUUCAGUUAAUGAUGGUGAACUAUUUCUCCUUAUUUGAGGAGUCAUUGGCUAGAGAUGCAAAGGAGGCAUGUACUUUUACAGUUAGCCAGAAUGUUGACUGAUUUUUCUUGAUAACAUGUAACUGUUAACCAGGGAACCCUUUAUUUGGGAGAGGAGUGUCAGUGGUCACAAUGAUGUGUCCUGAAAGUUUAGGAAUCAUCAGUAAAAUAAAAACUAAUCCUUAAAGCUGAUCACCGAACUUCCUAAAUAUCAUACUUCCAGCAAGAUAGAUAGAGGAGAGAGUAGAACAGGUAGGUAGAUGCCAUUAGAACAGUUUAAUGCUGUUUGAGUAGUUCUGAAGAGUUUAAUAGCAGCUUGGAGAGUCGUUAGACAUCAAGAGCCUUGGGGAUUUGUGCUAAAUUCUGUUCCUUCUAUAAUUUUUAUCAGUGUCAUGAAAUAAUACAGGUAUGUGAAGAGAAUUAGACUCAGUUUAUUUUUAGUGUAAUCAGUCAACAACCUUUAACUUAAUCAAAUCAAGAAACAAAGUGCCCCUACUUAGCAGUAGUAGUCUCUCGGUAACUGAGGAUGACAAUUGUCUUUGUGCGUUUUCAUCUAUGGUGUAUAGAUGAGUGUGCACAAAGACACUUGUGCGUGAAGGAGAUUUAAGUGGAAAAGUCAAUGCACAGAGACAGUCCCACUCUCUCGGCGUUGGAAGCCUGGGUCCAAUGGCAUGAAAAAUCGUUACACCUGGAGACUUCCUCAGCUGCUUUGGAUGGCCGUGUUGUCCUUUGUGCUCCAACACGCCCUAAGCACUCCACAGUGCCUUGCUGCGUCGCCAUCUCAGCCAUUGAACCUUCUUAUUGGUUUCUUCCGUCUGUUCAGCCGAAGCAGUCUUCACAUGCUGGGUGAGCAAAGCCUUUGUUCACCAGCGGUCUAUGCCCCUAUGGCUACCCUCACAAGGUUUAUCCAGCCUGUCGAAGCCGUUGCCCGGGGUGUGGCCGCUGCCGCAUGCUAACAGCUACUGGGAGCCACAAGUGAGAGCUGGGUGUCAGGUGAGGGUCAGAGGCUGGAGAGCUGCCCUAAGAGGGCACGACAAGCCCUCCAUACCAGAGAUACUACCCCUCCCUGAGCACCCCAUACACCCUACUUAGAACUUGGGCAAUUAUUAAGUAAGAGAGUUCACUAAUCACUUAGUAGAGAAAGCUCACACCUCCAAAGGCCACAAGCACAACCCCCUUCUUACCCCCAAGUGCUUGGCAAAUUGAAAGGCCCUGAUUGGUUCCUGUGAAGAGGGGAGAGACAGGAAGUGAUGUGGGAAAAGGGGUAUAAAAGGCAGGACCCCAAAUGGUCUGUCUACUCUUUCCUGGAUUCAUUCUGUGUUGAUUAACUGAGCUUAAGGGAGAUUCUUGGAGGCAGUGACCUUUUCCUGGACUCAUUCUGGACUGCAGCUUUCUGUUCUGGAGAGGCUUGCUGGGUGAGUGACUGGAGCUGAAGGAAGAGGCUUACGUUAGUGGAACCCAUGCUGAAAGCACCACUGGAACGUCUGUCUAAAGAAACUUAUCACAACUCCUUGACUCCAGGUGGAGUUUGGGACUUGAGAGACCCCUUGCCAGCUGGUGAGCUGGACUUCUUCAGACUGCAAUUAUAGGGUAUAUCUAGUUAGACGAUAUUUUCUACUUUCUUUCCUACAUCUCUCUUUUACUUUAUCUCUAUUAAACUAAAUUAAGAGCUGCUAACAGACCCUGAUUUAAGAGUUAAUAAUUUAUAAAUGAUGACCACACCAAACUCUUUAACUCAAAAAUAUUUGUCAAACCAUUAAUUUUAACCCUUACAGGUAAAACACUUUGUAAAUGUUAAAGCACCAUCUUGUUAUUAAAGGCAUACAUGGUCUGCUUAUUCGGUUAAUUGAUGAACCAGGAACAGGUCACUUGAUUUUGUCCUUUUUCUCUAAGCUCCUUUUUGGGAAGCUAGGGAUUCCUUAAAAGGAUGGGGAGCCAAGUGUGCAUCUCAAGAAUAAAGAAUAGGUGGAAUAUAGGACAUGUACUAAGGGCUUUACCAAUAUUUAUUGAUAACACUCCUGACCUGUGUGCUAUUGCAAGUCUCAUAUCUCAGGGGAGGAAAAUGAGGCAGGUGAAGUGACUUGCCCAGGGUUCCAUGGUACAUGUCUGAGGCUGGAUUCAAACUCAGUCUUCCAAGUUCAGGUGCAAGCCUCUUCUAUAGACCCACUGAACUUCCUUAGUUAUAGAUAUAGGGCUGACUUAUUUGGAUGGCUUUCCUGAUGCCUUUAGGCACUCCCUGAAAUCAUCUUUAAUUUGCCUUUUUUUAUUCACUAUACCAGGACAGUGAAAACUCCUCUGGGUUUGAGAUUGUUUUGUCUUGGUGUAGCCAGUGCCUUCUGUGAUUUAGAACAGCAUCCUAUCCAACGUUUAGCAUCAUAGUAAGUAUAGGAUGGGCUGCUAAGGGGCCCAGUGGAUAGAACUGGUCUUGGCAUCAGGACAAUCUACGUUCAAAUUCAAAUCUCAGACAUUUACUAUCUGUGUAACCCUUGUUUGACUCAGUAACUCUUUUAUAAAAUGGGGUCAUACUGGAGAAAAAUGACAACAUACUAUUAUUCUUUCCAAGGAAACCCCAUGGACAAAGGCCACCGGAUCCGAAAGAGUGCCGCAACGGAAUGACCUUAUGUGCCUUAACUGCCUCAAUUCCUCAUCUGUAAACUGAGCUGGAGAAGGAGAUGGCAAGCCACUUCAGUGUCUACCAAGAAAACUCCAAAUGACAUCAGAAAGAGUUGGACAAGACUGAACAAUAACAACAAAUGUAGGGAGUUCCAAGAACAUCCCAAAACACACCUGAGACUAAGUAGGUGCAUCAAAGGUGGACAGAGCUGAGGGAAGGUCAUUCCAAUCACCAACUCAUGGUGGCACUAGGAAAGUCUUACAUGGGCUAGGUGUGAUCUGAGGCUUUCAGGAAGGCAGGGAACAGGACUUAUGGAGAGAACAUUCCCUGCCUGGAUAACACUGAGGAGAGCCAUAGAAUGUUGUGGUCAAGGGACUGCAAGUCAGCUGGUUCUGGUCAGCUCUGAUAGGUUAUUCUCUGUAGCAGAGACAGUGUUGUAGAGUAGUUAGAGACAUCAGAUCAAGUUCUAUCUUUCUGACACAUGCUGACCUGUGUGGAUGGGGCCAACUCACCUGAAGGGUCCCAGGCACUUUAGGGGAUAAGUUUGCGGAGUAGGAGGGAGGAGGGGGGAUCAACUUUGGCAGAACAAAUUCUAAGGCAGAUACUUGCUUUUGGAGGAGGGGAGCUUACAAGCCCAGUAAUCACCCUAAUGAGCAAAGAGGAGACGAGGUAGAUGCUAGCAGAAAAAAUGCAGCUUUAUUUAGGAAAAGGGGGGACCCUCUCCUGAGUGUUCUCUCAGCAAGUGUCCAGAGGUAUACAGAUGAAUUCAGAAUUUACUGGAAAUGAAUACUAUGGUGCCUUGACUUACCCACCACCUGUGUGUGCCAAUGUCUGAAUGUUAUAGUCUUUUUAUCUUGUCUUAUCCUCCUAAAGUUUUUCUAGCUCUCUUUGAGUCACGGAACGAUUUCUCCAAUGAACGCUUUCUCACUUUUGGUCACAAUUCAGGAAUGUGCAAGUCUUUCUAGAUAAGGAUACUAAUUCCCAUGGGACAGUUUCAUGCUCUAUCUUCUAGGCUCCAUGGUCUCCUCACUGGGCUCUACUGUAAUUUUCCUGGGAUUUCAUUUCUUAACCUUUGAAACGCUGAAUGCAAGUCAAUUGAGAAUUAAUAAUAAAGGAAAGGAAAGCUGUUUGGCUGCCUUUAAAGGAGCACUAAUAAUCCAAAGGGGCUCGGAUGGGGGGCAGGGUCUAUUCACUUGUGGAAGAGGAUGUCAUUACUGGUUGUUAUGCAGAGAGAGGCCUCUUUUCUGUCUCCCCUGAAGUGUCUGGCCGGGCUAAUCUAUAUAGGAGAGUUACAGGGAUAUUAAUCAGAAAUUAGCACUACAACUAUGAAUCCUAAUGCUAACCAUAAUUGUGGAAAACGCACUACUAAUUAUUGAUUUUUACUGCACACGCUAUGCAUAUGCUGAGAAAUUCACAGCCCUGUUCGAAACAUGGGCAGUGUGUGUACUCAUUGGGGGAUUAGAGAGUCAAUCAAAUAUUUCUGAAGCACCAGCUAUGUGCCAAGCACUGUGCUAAGUUCUAGGAGUACAAAGAAAAGAGAAUGUCUUGCUGAACCCCUGGAGGUCACUGACUUUCUCUUGUCUUUUUGUCCUCAGGACCUACCUAAAGGCUGGCACGCAGUAUAAUAGGGAAGCAGGGAAUGACCAGGGAAACAUGGGUUUGCUCUUCCGAGCAGGUCCAUGAACUCAUGGAUGCAUACUAAUUGCCCAAUCAAUUGGGACCAGGCUCCUCCCUCAGCUUAUAGCUGGAUCCCGAAUUCAGGGAGAGGCAGACUUUUAUACAUUAAAAACAAUCAAAGGAGGCCCAGUUGGUAAAAGGCAAACAACACAACAUUAGACAAUCUGAUUUCCAAUUGGAGGAAAGAGUUGAGACUUUCCAAGUUGGGAGGGAGACAGUGAACAGGUGCAAUUUCCUGAAUUAAGAUGUUGUGAUUAAAAUUAAUCUUGGAGACCGUUGAAUUAAGAGAAAAAUACCUCCAGGUCUCCUUAACGCCCAAAGUCUAACAGCUAUGCCUUGAUUCUUGGUUUCCUGGUUCCCACCUGUCCCCUGGCCUGCCCAGUUUGCAAGUGGCAUUUGGGGAAAGAGAAGAUCAGAGACUGCUGGGCAGGAAGAGGAGAGCCCUGGAUGAGGAUGAGGAUGAAGGCCAAGCCAAGAGACCUUCAUUUCUACUCAUUCUUUUUUUACCCUUUAUUUUAUUGCAGUGACAAAUUUAUACACAAGUUUUCCAAGGUUACAGGAUACAUGUUCUUCCUCUGUUCCCUCCCUGAUCCUGGAGCUGACAAGCAAUUUCACUGGCAGAAUCUUUUUCCAUAUUUUCAUUUUUAUAACAGUAAUCUUAUAAGACCAAAACUGCAAAUCACAUACCCGAAUAAACAAGUGACAAAUCAUAUAUUUCAUCUGCGUUUCUACUCCCACAGUUCUUUCUCAUAAGUCCCUCCGAAUUGUCCUGGAUCACUACAUUGCUGAUAGGAGUCAAGUCUGUCACAUUUCAUCAUCCCACAGUGUCUCCGUUACUGUGUAUAAUGUGGUUAAACCAUUAAAGAGCUGCCUCCUUCAUUUUCUGAAGGGACUAGCCUCAGGAGAGACCUACCCUCUUGACAGAGGCUCCCUGCAUCCCCAAGUUGGCUCAAAACCAAGGUCCCUCCAGCUAAGGACUAAUUAGCCCUUCCUAGGUUGAGUCUGGGGCUGGAGCAAAAUGUCUAGUGCUUAGGCUAGAUAUCUUACCAUAUCCUCUCUCUAAUUUUUCUUUUACUCUUUCUAUAUUUUAUAAAUAAACUGUAAAAUAAAUCUCUUUGGAAUUAAUUAAAUUCCUGGCAACCCUAUUCUUUAAUAAUCCAGUCCAACCUUUUAUAAAACCCCCCUCACAUUUCUAUCCCUUACACUACCCAUGAGCAAUUAGUAUUUCCAGUUGCUUAGAUCUAGUUUUAUAUAUGUGAAAAAGGUUUUGUAAUUAUUUUCAUAUAAUUCCUGUUUGUCUUGUCUGAUUCCCAAUAUUUUAUAUUGUCUUCAGUGAUUUUAAAUGGAGUUUCUCUUUCUAACUCUUGCUGCUGAGUUGUUUUGAAUUAUAUAGAAAUGCUGAUGAUAUAUAUGAGUUUAUUUUGUAUACUGAAACUUUGUUAAAGUUAUUAUUUCCACUAACUUUUUAGUUGAUUCUCAAGGAUUCUCUAAGUAUAUAGUUUAGUUUCCUCAUUGCCUACUUUAAUCUCUUCAGUUUCUUUUUCUUCUCUAAUUGCUACCACUAGCAUUUCUAGUACAAUAUCAAAUAAUAGAGGUGAUAAUGGGCCUCCUUGAUUCACUCCUGAUCUUAUUGGGAAGGCUUCUAACUUAUCCCCAUUGCAGAUGAUACUUGCUGGUGUUUUAAAAUAAAUACUACUUAUUUUGAGGAAAGGCCCUUUUAUUUCUAUGCUUUCUAGUGUUUUCAAUAAGUGUUGUAUUUUUUCAAAGGUUUUUUCUGCAUAUAUUGAGAUAAUCAUGAUUUCUGUUGUUUUGAUUAUUGAUAUGGUCAAUUAUUUGGAUGGUUUUCCUAACAUUAAACCAGCCUUACAUUCCUGGCAUAAAUCCCAUCUGGUCACAGUGAAUAAUCCUUGUGAUAACUUGCUGUAGUCUCUUUGCUAAUAUUUUAUUUAAGAUUUUUGCAUCUAUGUUCAUUAAGGAGAUUGGUUUAUAAUUUUCUCUGUUUUGAGUCUUCCUGGCUUAGAAAGUACCAUAUUUGUGUCAUAAAAAGAAUUAGGUAACACUCCUUUGCUUAUUUUGUCAAAUAGUUUGUAUAGUAUUGAGCCUAAUUGUUCUUUAUAUGUUUGAUAGCAUUCAUUUGUGAAUUCAUCUAGCCCUGGGGAUUUUUUCCUGGGGAGCUGAUUGAUGAUUUGUUCAAUUUCUUUUUUCCGAGAUGGGAUUAUUUAAGUAUUCUAUUUCCUCUUUUGUUAAUCUUGGCAAUUUAUAUUUUUGCCAGUAUUCAUUCAUUUCACCUAGAUUUUAAGAUUUAUUAUCCUAUAAUUGGGAAAAUAGCAUAAUAAUCUUUAUUUGAUCUUCAUUAGAAGUGAAAUCACCCUUUUCAUCUUUGAUAUUUGUGAGUUUGUUCUCUUCCUUCUUUUUUCAAAUCAAAUUAACCAAUACUUUGUUUUUUCAUAAAACCAAUUCCAAGUCUAUUUUUUUUUAAAUAAACCCUUACCUUCCAUCUUGGAGCCAAUUGGCUCCAAGGCAGAAGAGUGGUAACAUUCCUAAAUUACAACCACUUGUCAUAGCCUAGUAAGAGAUAAUGUGAGAGUGUUAUAGAAGUCAUUCCACCUCGACUUCUACCUUUCCUCACUCACCUAUCUACAAGCAGUAGCUUACUCUAGAUCAAUAAACAUCAUCACCAAAUUAUCCUUAUACUUUAUUUUAAUUUUUUUGAUAUAAAUACUCAUGGAUAGAAAUUUUCUCCUUAGUACUACUUUGUCUGUAUCCCAUUAAUUUUGAUAUGUCUCAUUGUCAUUUCCUUCAAUAAAAUCAGUAAUUAUUUCUAUGAUUUUUCUUUGAUCCACCAGUUUUGAAGAAUUAGUUUCCAAUUAAUUUUUAAUUUGCCUUUCCAUGAACCCUUAUUGAUUAUGAUUUUUAUCCCAUUAUCAUCUGAAAAAAAUUGCUUUUAUUAUUUCUGCCUUUCUGCAUUUAGUUGUGAUGUUUUUAUGCCCUAGUACAGUGUUGGCAAACCUUUUCUGACUUUGAGGGCAAAUUCAAGCUGUCUGUGAACCCCUUCAUUACCUGAAAAAGCUGAGGGAGGAAGUGCUUGCUUUGGGAGGCUGGACAGAGGGGUGAGACAUACCAAAAAAUGUUCUUGGAUGGUGGUAAUAAGGGGAAUGGAACAGUUCCCUGAGUGCUGGCUCUGCACAUGGGCCAUGUCUUCACCAAUACCGUCCUAGUGCAUGGUCAGUUUUUGUAUAUGUGCCAUGUGCUGCUGAAAAGAUAUAUUCCUCCCCUUUAACCCUAUUCAUUUUUUCUCCAGAUAUCUAUUAACUCUAAUUUUUCAAACAUUUCAUUCAUUUCCCUUCUUAAUUUUUUGGUUCAAUUUAUCUAUUUCUGAUAGAAGGUCGAGAUCCCCACUGGCAUAGUUUUACUGUCUAUUUCCUCCUUGAGCUCCUUUAGUUUCUCCUUUAAAGAUAUGGAUGCUAUGCCUUUUGGUAUUUAUAUGUUGAGUACUGUGAAUCUUAAAACCUUAGAAGAUUUGGUUAAGCUUUUCCCUUAUUGUAACAAUGGAGGUACUUGAGGUACUCAAUACAGGAAUGUAUUGAGAACUUUUAAAAUUACUCCACCCUACUCAGACAGUACCUUAGGGGAAGAUAAAGUUGCAAACUCCUGAUUGAACAAUGAAAAGUCCCUAACUCAUACUUAUAGUAAAGCUAGAACCUUAAGUUAGGUCUAUUUUUAGAUCUAAUACAAAAGAGUGCUAAGUACCUAUAAAGGUUAAAUUAGUAGCUAAAAGGUCAAGCAACUUACAAAAGGCAAGCUUAACAAAAGAGGUGUGAAGUACUCAGUAGAUUUUAUCUAACCAGAGAAGGUGAGAACAAAAGAUGAGAACUAAGAAUGGGCAGUCCUGGGGAAAAGCGUCUACUGUGAUUGGUAGGUGUGAAAAUUUAGGGGAGGUGACAUAAGAGAAAAUUUCUUUAAAAGGAGAAGGAUUGAACUCAGUUGAGGAGUUCAGGAGUUCAGUAGAGGACUGGAGCUUGCCUGGAUGUUUUUUAACACCUACUUCAGGGGGGAUUGUAUUUUAAUUUAAAAUCUAAGAAUUUUUGAAUUUUUUUGUUUAAGAUUGUAUUGUUAUAAAUAUCCAAGACUUUGAAUUUUGUUCGAGAAAAUAUCUUCAAGAAAGAAGCUUGAAACUCCUAUAUCCAGAGAAUGAAUUGUUGCAGAAAGAUGCCAGAAAAUCCACACUUCAUCAAGAAGAUCAAGAAUGAACUUUGGAUAUGAUUGAUUGAACUGAACUUUGAUUGAACAUUUAUUGUAAAUGUACACAUUUAUUCCAAAAGGGUCUGCCCCUAAUUUGGCCUUCUGUCAGUGCACCUAGCAAAACAUUGGUUUUGCUUUCUUUUCUUUUCUAUUUCCUCCCUCACUAUUCUAAUUCCUCUUAGAAAAAUUGAAUAUUGUGUAUAUCUAUAGUUAGAAGUGCAUUUAGGAUUACAAAAUGAUUAUGUUAAAUGAUCAAUGGGGAGACUAGUCUCCCAAUGAUCAUCAGGGGGGAUUGUAAAUUUUGAAAUUUCUCAGACUUGUGAAUGUUAAAAAUUUCCACAUUGGGGAAUUCUCUAUUGGAACAAUUCCCUACUAGGAACAUUCCCCAUUUUGACAGUGAGAACUCUACUUGGAUCAGAAAUGGGAGGACCUCUACUCUACCCAUACUUAAGACUGCUUUAGGGGAGAAAACUCCUUGCUAAACAAUGAAAGUACUUAAACCCAUACUUAUAAAGAGGCAAAAAGUUCUUUAAGCCAAGUAACUUACUAAAGGGAUUAGUCGACCCAGCAGUGUUUUUUCUGAUUCAAACUUACUAAAGGGAUUAGUCGACCCAGCAGUGAAUUCAGAAUGGGCUGUCCUUUUGAAAACGUCUACUGUGAUUGGUAGAUGGAAGAACUUAGGGGAGGUGACAUAGGAGAAAACCCCCUAUAUAAGAAAAAGCAGAAGCUCUUAUGAGGAUCGCUUAAGCAGAAUCGCUUGAGGAAAAUCCUUUUGGACAAUCUCUUGAGAGAGGCUCUGGAGAAGGGAAGCUCUUGGAGGACAAUCUCUAAGGAGGUCUCGCUGGAGCUCCUCUGAGGGGACUCUGUUCCUCUGGAGGCUCUUGAGAGAGGCCCUUUGAAACAGUCUCUGGCUGGAAGGCUCUUUGAGGAGGACUCUGGUUGGAACUCUCUCUGAGGAGACUGUCACUAGAAUCCUUGCUUAGACAGACCUUGUGGUGAGUGAUAAACAACUGACUGACUGAUCUCUCUCUCUUAAGACUCAGGUCUAGGCCAUGUUGGCUUAAGGACCUUCAUACUUAUUCCUUUCUUACUCUUUCCCUCUUUCUUUAAUUCCUCAUUAUUAAUUAAAUUCUCUAUAAAACCCA